AGAUAUGAAUGAGAAAUAACGCCAACAAACCCCAUAUAAUUCAUGGUUCAAUUAUGGAAUAAGGAAACGCUUGGAAUGGAGCAGUAUAAUCAGCUAAUAAUUGUCUGGUUGCAUGGGCAUGGCAAUUGGCAGAUUGGAUGUGAACUUUUUGAUAUAUCCAUGAAGUAGCGGGACUCAAUGUUUCAAAACACAUGAUCUUUCUGCAAAAUGUUUGGUGGUGCUUACAAGUCUCAGAUUAUUGGAGGUCAGAAGGAGAAAUUUGUUAGGUUGGACGAUUUAGACUCUCCAGUGUCAAUGGCGUCAGGGACCGGAGGAAUGAAGAAAGGUGGAUUUAAUGUAGAGGGCUACAAAUACAGUGGUCCAGGAAAGAAGAAGGCAUCAAAAAAAUCAUUUAAUAUAGGGAUGAUGAAAGGACCAGAAGGACUACUAACAUUGGGUCGCAACCUCAGAUCCGAGGUGACGCGAGUUGUGUUCCCGGAAGAUCUCAAAGUGUCCGAUAAAAUGAUAUUUGAUCCCCAAGAUAAAUCUAUUUUGCUAUGGAACAGGUUCUUUGUGGUGUCCUGCAUUCUUUCAGUAUCUGUCGAUCCACUGUUUUUCUAUCUUCCCAUCUUCAAUGGUCGAGCACAUUGCCUUGGCAUUGACGUAAGGUUGGGAGUCACAACUACCACCAUUCGGACAAUCAUCGAUGCUUUCUACCUCAUUCGUAUGGGUCUUCAGUUCCGCACAGCAUAUAUCGCACCAUCCUCGAGGGUUUUUGGACGAGGUGAACUUGUGAUAGAUCCUGCACAGAUAGCUACUCGAUAUUUAAGUCGUUACUUCAUUGUUGAUUUUCUUUCUGUGCUCCCCCUGCCACAGAUGGUGGUGUGGAAAUAUCUUCACAAAUCAAAAGGUUCAGAGGUAUGGGCGACGAAACAGGCUUUGCUUGUCAUUGUAUUUGUUCAGUAUAUUCCUAGGUUUGUCCGCUUUAUACCUUUAACUUCAGAGCUGAAGAAGACAGCCGGUACUUUCGCUGACAGUGCUUGGGUCGGUGCUGCUUAUUAUCUCCUAUGGUACAUUCUUGCUAGCCAUAUAGCUGGGGCCUUUUGGUACUUAUUGGCAGUAGAGCGUAAAGACACAUGCUGGCGAAUUGCUUGUGAACAAAGUGGAAAGUGCAACAUAGAUUUCUUGUACUGCGGCAAUAAGCAUAUGCAGGGUUUUGCAGCCUGGCGAAGGGUGAGAGACAAAGAACUUGAUGGUAAAUGUGGUCUUCAAGAUGAUGAUUCACCAUUCAAUUAUGGGAUCUACACACGAGCUAUAGAAUCUGAGAUUGUUUCAUCCAACGUCUUUUUCUCUAAAUUCUGUUACUGUCUCUGGUGGGGCUUACAGAAUUUAAGCACCCUGGGUCAGGGCCUUGAAACCAGCACAUAUCCAGGAGAGGUUCUGUUUUCCAUAGCAAUAGCUAUCUUUGGGCUUAUCCUCUUCGCGCUUUUGAUUGGAAACAUGCAGACCUACCUUCAGUCUCUUACAGUUCGUCUCGAGGAAAUGAGGAUUAAAAGGCGUGACUCCGAGCAGUGGAUGCAUCAUCGUGCGCUUCCCGAGGAUCUCAAGGAGAGAGUUCGACGUUAUGACCAAUACAAAUGGUUAGAGACUCGUGGAGUUGACGAAGAAAACUUGGUCCAGAGUUUACCAAAAGAUCUGAGGAGGGACAUUAAGCGACAUCUUUGUUUGAAUCUGGUCCGACGGGUACCUCUGUUUGCUAACAUGGAUGAGAGGUUACUUGAUGCAAUUUGUGAGCGACUCAAACCAAGUUUAUACACAGAACACACUUACAUAGUCAGAGAAGGGGAUCCAGUAAACGAGAUGCUUUUUGUUAUACGUGGCCGCCUCGAAAGUGUGACAACAGAUGGCGGAAGGAGUGGGUUUUUCAACAGAGGUUUGCUGAAAGAAGGGGACUUUUGUGGUGAGGAGCUCUUGACUUGGGCGCUUGACCCCAAAGCUGGUUCCAACUUGCCAUUAUCAACUCGAACAGUCAUGGCUUUAACGGAGGUGGAGGCAUUUGCAUUAGAAGCUGAAGAGCUGAAAUUCGUUUCAAGUCAGUUCAGGCGGCUUCAUAGUAGGCAGGUUCAGCACACCUUCCGCUUCUACUCACAGCAAUGGCGUACUUGGGCAGCCUGCUUCAUCCAAACCGCAUGGCGCAAAUAUGCCAAAAGGAAACAUGCAGAACUUCGACGCAAGGAAGAGGAGGAAGAGCUAGACUAUUAUGAUGAUGAUGAUGAUGACGAUCAACAGGCCUUGAUUGGCCAAACUGGUAGCUCCACAGAACAACACAGCAUUCGUGCAACUAUAUUUGCAUCACGGUUCGCGGCUAAUCUUAGAGGCCACAGGGGUCGAGGCUCGACUAGUUCCAAGAGCUUGCUCAAGGUUUCAAAGCCAACAGAUCCUGACUUCACUGAUCUUGACAAUCGUUAAUUUGGCGAUAAUAUCUAAUGAGCUUUAUUCUGCUCCAUACUUGAACAAGUUCAAGCUGUUUUGGUAUCUGUUACUACUACUGCAUCAACCAAUUUUCUACUGUAGUCAACUCUUGGUUUAACUUUGUCUCAUAUAUUUGCCAGCUACUCUCUCUUUUUUUUUAUUAUCAUUUUUUCUAAAAAAUAUGCAGAAGAAG